GCGGCGACAAUCCAAUCGUUUUCUGAAUGGGUAGUGGGAUUUUGAGGAAGUAUUGGAGAUAACAAUAACGCAAAAGUUUAAGGGAUGCUUCUGAUUAAGUGAGGAGGGUCUGAUUUCAAGUCAAAACAUGGCAGAGCCUAAUUCUUUGAGCAUAACAAAAAGCUUCCCGGUUAAACCAAAGCUCAAAUCUAAGCCCAGGACACCUAAACAAACGCCGGAAUCAAAAUAUUGGUCCUCUUUCAAGCGUAAUGAGAUCCCGAACCUUGUUUCCUCCAUAUCCUCCAUCGCAUUCUCACCAUCGAAUCCUUCCAUUUUCUCUGCCACACACUCAGCCUCUCUCACUCUCUUUAGCACGCAAACGAUGGCCCCCACCUCUACCAUCUCGUCUUUUCGAGAUGUUGUAUCUUGUGCUUCAUUCCGCUGUGAUGGCCUCCUCAUUGCUGCUUCUGACCUUUCGGGGCUUGUCCAAGUCUUUGAUGUUAAAAGCCGAACCCCACUUCGAAAGCUUCGUUCCCACUCGCGCCCAGUUCAGUUCGUCCAGUACCCUGUCCUUGAUAAGCUGCACCUAGUAUCUGGUGGGGAUGAUGCCGUUGUUAAGUACUGGGACGUGGCGAGCCAGACUCCAAUCUCGGAUUUCCUGGGCCAUAAGGACUAUGUGAGGUGUGGGGCUUGCUCCCCAUCCAGCAUGGACAUGUUUAUCACUGGGUCUUACGAUCACAUGGUGAAGCUCUGGGAUGCCAGAACGAAUUCACAAACGGUUUUGGAAAUGAAUCACGGGAAACCGGUCGAGGAUGUGAUUUUCUUACCAUCAGGUGGGUUAGUUGCAACUGCUGGGGGCAAUUAUGUGAAAAUCUGGGAUGUGAUUGGAGGUGGGAAGAUGAUUUGCUCUAUGGAGAGUCAUAAUAAAACUGUUACUUCACUAUGUGUUGGGAAAAUGGGCAAUGAUAGUGGAGAAGAAUCAGACCAAUUUAGAAUCUUGAGUGUAGCACUGGAUGGGUAUAUGAAGGUGUUUGAUUAUUCAAAAAUGAAAGUAACCCACUCCAUGAGAUUCCCGUCACCCCUUAUGUCAAUUGGGUUUUCUCCUGACUGUAGUACUAGAGUUAUAGGGACUUCAAAUGGGGUCUUAUAUGCUGGCAAGAGGAAGCCUAAGGAAACUACGCCGAGUAAUUUGUCGAACACUUGGAGCCUGGGGUCUGUUGGGGAACCUCAGAGGCGAGCUUUGAGGCCUUCUAACUUCCGAUACUUCCAUCGAGGUCAAGGGGAGAAGCCAACCGAGGGAGAUUACCUUCUUAUGAAACCGAAGAAGGUGAAGUUGACAGAGCAUGACAAACUGUUGAAGAAGUUCAGGCACAAGGAUGCUCUUGUAUCAGUGUUAGCGAGUAAGAAUCCCGAAAAUGUGGUGGCGGUAAUGGAGGAACUGGUUGCAAGGAAGAAACUUCUGAAAUGCGUCUCGAAUUUGGACAGGGAGGAGCUUGGUUUGCUAUUGGUUUUCUUACAAAAGCACUCGACACUGCCGCGAUACUCGAGCUUGUUGAUGGGGUUGACGAGAAAGGUUAUCGAGUUACGAACUGAAGAUAUUAGAGCCUCGGGCGCCCUGAAAGAUCAUGUUCGAAACUUAAAGCGAUCUGUCGACGAAGAGAUUCGGAUACAACAGUCAUUGCUGGAGAUACAAGGUAUUAUUUCACCUUUACUUAGAAUCGCUGGAAGAUGAUGACAUUUUGUUUUUGAAUUAAUUGUUUGUAAGGUACCUUCUCAGUUUUCAAAUUUUAAGAUUGAAAGAAACAAGGCUCCAAUUUUGUCUGUGGGGUUUAAAAUCUAGUCACAAGUAGAUUGUGAAAUAUUUAUUGUUUUAA